AUGUCGUCCCGGGGACUCGUACGCCGGCUUGGGGGGCCUGUAGCGCGCGGACGGGCGUCUGGUGUUCGCGCUCCGCCAGCCCGGGCGCUCCCCGUUCCCUCGCUGGACCUGCACGCCGCCGCAAGCGCCGCACAGCACGUGCUAGAACACGUUGAGCGCAUCGCUCCCGGCAACACGGCGCUUCCCGACGUGCAGCCGGCACUGGCCGCGCUUCACGUCCAGUCCUACUGCUUCGACGACGUCGUGUGCCAGGAGCGGGCGGACCGCGGCUUCCUCAUCAGCACGAUCCUCCUUACGGCGGUUGGAGUUUUGGGGAGCGCGGCGCUGUUGGGGUUCAUCCGCUUCCCUGGCAUCGACGGCGAGAGCAGCGGCAAGAAGAAAGGCGAGGUGUUCAGCGACGAAAGAACAGGAGUGCGCUUCCAGUCUGGAGAAGCUGGUGUCUUGCCAGAGCGCGACACCAAGGGCGAGCUCGCGUUCCGAGCGCGGUCCUACACCCCCUGGCCUAUCGAGGCGGGCGCGCCGGGGGAGCGCAUCAGGAUCGAUGUCGGCCCCGUCGACAAGAAGCGCGCAACCACCUUCGUGUUCGAGCGCACCGUCGGCGCGGACUCGGCCCUGGUGCAAGUCACGCUCCCGCGGCCCAUGGGCGUGGUGUUCGAGGAGGACCGGUCGCGCAGCCGCGUGGUGGUGGCCGAGGUGGUGCCCGGGACCAACGCCGACCGCGCACUGAAGAGGGCGCGCCUCAACUCGGGCGUGGUCCGCGCCCCGAUGCCGGGCGACGUGCUGCGCGCCUUCACGUGCACGACCACAGUGUACACGGGCAUGGGCACGCUCGGGUUCGGAGCGAAGCCGCCGACGCGGACGGUGGUGCUCUACGGCGCUGACGGGGAGCGCUGGCCGGCGGUGUCGGCGGCUCUGCAGAAGGGCGUGGUGGCCGACGGGGACGUGACGCUGAUCCUGGAGCGCGGGCAGGGCGUGGUGCCGCGCGCUCCACCGGCGGCCAGCGAGGCCGGCGGCGCAGAGAGCUCCUAG